AGGAAGAGUUGUGCUUGUUGUGAGUUGUCGCUGUGGCUUUUGCUGCUGCUGGUUUCUGAUUCCUCCUGGCUCAAAUGGCGAGCUCCACGGGUCCGGCUCGGGCCGGUCCGGGACUCUGGUCCUCGGUGCUGCUACUGCUGGUGCUGACGGGGCUAUGUGGGCCAGUCAACGCCGUGUCCGAACCGGGGAAAUGGAUCCUGAACGUCGACAGUGAAACUCUGAAAACUCAGAAGUACUUCUACUUCACUAAAACUCUGUUCAACAGCAGCUUCAUCCAUCUCAGAUUGGAGAACUGUAACUCCUCAUCUCCUGUCCGUCUGAAUAUAUCCUGGUAUCUGAGGAACUCACACUGCUAUGAUGAGGUCUUCGGCAUGGAUCUGAAACAGGCGGAAAGUUUUUUCAGGUCGAUGGAGGUCAGACAAAGAGGAGGAAGUGGAUUCUACGUUUUUCACGAGUAUCCUAACAUCGACUGCCAACCACACAGCACUCCCCACUUGUUCGGCCUGCAGACGAUGGACGUGAGGACACGGCUGACAGAACUGCCGCAGCAACCGGCAAUCACAGAGAAGACUUCAGGCAGGAGGAGGAGAGAUGUGGAGCCUCCAAAACCAAAGGCUGCUGCACUAGAGAAGGAAGGUGCUUCAGGGGAAAAAGGAAAAGCCGCCCCUCUUAAAGAGGUGGCUCAUCACCCCCCCGUUGAUGCGGUGGCCCAGAGCUGGGAGGACGGACCAUACAUGUUCAUCCUGAACAUCAAAGAAAGCAAAGACAACAGCCAAGGCCCUGAGUCUGCUAAUCCCCCCACAACCUGGAGUCUGCAGUUGCAGAUAAGCAUGAAGGGUCCACAUGACUACAUAUCAGCCUCUGAGUGGCCUCUGAUGGUGUUUUACAUGGUGAUGUGCAUCGUGUACGUGCUGCUGGCUGUGCUGUGGUUGGUUCUGUCGGCUUGUUACUGGAGGGAUCUUCUCAGGAUCCAGUUUUGGAUUGGAGGAGUCAUCUUCCUGGGCAUGUUGGAGAAAGCUGUUUACUACGCUGAAUUCCAGAGCAUCAGAUAUGACGGCUUGUCAGUGCACGGGGCAGUGGUGUUCGCUGAGGUGCUCUCUGCGGUGAAGAGGACUCUGGCCAGGGUACUGGUGAUCAUUGCCAGUCUGGGAUACGGCAUCGUCAAGCCCAGGCUCGGUGCCUUGCUUCACAGAGUGGUCGGAGUGGGUCUGCUCUACCUGAUGUUCUCCAUCAUCGAGGGAAUAUUACGAGUCAACGCUGAUCGAGGAGACAACACCAGCAGUAGAGUUUUGUGUGACAUAGUGCUGGCCUUCACUGACGCCUGUAUUGUCUGGUGGAUCUUUGUGAGUCUGGCUCAGACCAUGAAGCUGCUGCGGCUGAGGAGGAACGUGGUGAAGCUCUCUCUCUACAGGCACUUCACCAACACACUCAUCUUCGCCGUCAUCGCAUCGGUCAUCUUCAUCAUCUGGACAACCAAGACCUUCAAGUUGUCUAAAUGUCUGUCUGACUGGAGGGAGCUGUGGAUAGAUGACGCGUUCUGGCGCUUCUUGUUUUCCAUCAUCCUAUUGGUCAUCAUGUUCCUAUGGCGACCGUCGGCCAAUAACCAGAGGUAUGCCUUCAGUCCUCUGGUGGAUGAAGAGAGUGAGGAAGAGGAGAAGGAGCCCAUGAUGAACGAGGCUUUCGAGGGGAUGAAGAUGAGGGGCAUGAAGAACGAGACCAACGGCACAGCCAAAGCCAACAAAGUGGAUGAGGAUCUGAAGUGGGUCGAAGAGAACAUCCCGUCGUCUAUGGCAGAUGUCGCCCUGCCCCCCCUGCUGGACUCUGAUGAGGAAACCAUGACAACCAAGUUUGAGAUGUCCAAGAUGGAGUGAAGCAGUAGAGGAAGGACAGACGAAUGGAAGGAACACGGAGUAGCGGGAGUGUUUGAAAGACACGAGAAAUGAUACAGAUGAAUAUCGGUGUACAAGGUGGAGUAAAGGAAAAGGAUGGCUGAUUAAAUACACAUGUGAUGGGGGGGUGGACGAACUGAUGGAUGAAAGAGGGAACGCAGAGAAGAAGGAGUGUUUGCUUUACGGAGGCGGCGGUGUCGGUAUGUGAUUUAAUCCCUGAAUUUAUGAGCUUUGUAAGCCUUGAUUGUACAUACACUGGGAGUAAAAUGGAUCACAGCGACACACAGUCCCUUUUUAUUUGUUCUUUUUAUUGCCUGUUUGUAUUUAUAUCUCUCUAUAUAUACAAUAUAUUUUGACAAAUCUGAUGUUAAUGAGGUUCUUUGCCUUCUCAUCGUUUACAUGCAGAAAUGUGAUUUUCAAAUCUUGUGUCGUCAGACAUGUUGUGUGUUCACUGUUGCCGUAUCACUAGCUCCUCCUGUCACUGCUGUUGGGAUUUGUUUUUUUUGUUUUUUUUUACAUUGACAGUUUCAUAGAGAGUAAAAACCAAAGCUGUAAAUCAGAGAGAAAAAAAACAUGGACGUCAAUGAAUAUAUGAAGUUUUUUUCUAAUUCUUACGUUUUUGGACUUGAGGUUCGUCAUUGACAGUGAUUAGUGUUGUUCCAGCUUUGGUUCCAGUGCAAUUUAGGCCAUUAAAUUGUUCACAUUCAAUUUCUCUUUUUAAACUUGCUGUUAUUUUGUGUGUUUUGGCUUUGGAGUGAAAAUGAUUUGAUUUGUUUUGUUCUUCUUUGUGUCUGUGUAAAGGAAAUUUGGCAGAUUUUUUGCAACAAAAAGCCAGAAAGGACAAAUGUACUCCACCUGACAAAUUUCAUCCAAAUUCUGGUUUAAUUGUUAGCACUGGCUAACUGCAACUGUUGCACAAAGUGAGUUUUACCUUAUGUCACUUUACAUCCUCCUUGUUGACCUGGUGCGAUCAGGUGACCUCUGUGGUCUCCUCAGUGUUUUAGUAAGUUGUUUGCAGAAACAUGUUGAAGCAUAAAACAGGCUGACAGUCAGUCAGUGGACAACAUCAGACUGACAGCUCAGCCCGUUGAACUGUUUGCUGAGGCAGAGAACUCUGAUUGGCUGUUCUACAGAGACAUCGAAUGAAGGAUUUCACCAGUU